AGUGGCGUGACGUCGGCUGACAGGCGACCAGCCGCGUGCUCCACCGGUGCUCCGUUUGUGUUCCAUCGGUGUUACAUCGGUGUUCGGUCAGCGCUCGAGCCAGCUGGAGAUUCUCUCCACGUGGUGUUACGUGUUCCAGUGUUGCCUCGGCCUUUAGUGCUCCAUCGGUGCUUCUUCAGUGUUCAAUCGGUGUUCAAACGGCGUACGAUCGGCCUUCAAGUAACGGUCCACUGGCCUCUGAUCGGAGCUCAAUGCGCUAAUUCCCAACCUCCUGUCCCCAGUCGUCCAAUUACACCAUCCAGAGGCUAUAACAGCCGUCUUUGAUGGCCAGUGACCUGCUCGUAUUGAUCCGUUCAGCUUUCAUAGCCUCGUCUUAUUUUAUUGCAGGUAUCCUUCCGCUUCUGUUCUCUGGUUAAUCGUUCGGAGCUCGUUUCCUUUUGUUUUCCUAACUAAAUACCUAUACUUCAUUUGAGGAUAAAGCACAAGUCCUUUGUUCUCUUCUCCACGACCUUUGCACGCGCAAAGAAAAACCUAGCUCCAAGGUGCGUUGAGUCGUUUUUUGAAGUGCCAGACCGCGCUGAUAUCGGUGACAAGGGUGGCAACUGACUUGGUAACAGCGAAGGGCACUUUGUUACAGUCCUGUGACGAAGGUGCACCAGUGGUGGUGCGAGUGUGGUGCCGCUAGAGCCAAUUCUGCUGUUUGCAAUGAAGCUGGUGCAGUGACUGAGCUAGUGAUAUUCUCAGUGCCAUUUCUAGUGACUCUGGUGCUAUCGCUGGUGACGUUGCGACUGUAGACACUGAUUCAACUUUGACUGCAGUCGGCGGUGCUGUUGCUGAACUUGCCGCUGCUGCAAGUGCUGGAAACUGCACCGCCACUGGUUCAAAAGACACUACUGCUGCUAUCGUCACUGCUGCUUCUGUAGCUCCUGCCGCUGCUGUGCUCACUGCUGCCGCCACUGUUGCUGCUGCUAAACUCAAACCCAAUCCGCCACCAUGAGGCGCCUCAGUCGCUCCAUGGCCAACAUACCCGCGGCCCUGUUCCCGAGCUCUACCAGCCUCUCGGCCUCCACCACCACUCUCUCCAGCUCUGAAACCGAACCGCGUCGCUCCGCCGACACCGGCGCAGCGCCGAUCGUCGCUGAAGACGAUGAGCUGCCGAUCAUGGGCGACGAUCCAGGGCCGGAUCCGGGGGCGGAGCUGGACGAGGAGGAAGCUAACGAGGUGGAUGAUUUUUCCGACGGAGUGGUAACGCGAUACUUCGAGGAUGCGAGAUACAUUCGCAGAAAAAGACAUGCGCUACGUAACCUCAGUAGGAGCACGCCCACCAUGAACCGAUUGGAAUCGCAGACGUCGUUCGAAGUUCCUCGCUCUCAACGCAAGUUCCUGCGCAGAUUCAAGGACCUGGACGCCCACGAGAAAAUCAUUAAAUCGUUCUCCUGUGCUUUGGUGAGCGACAUCCUCCUACAGGGUCGGCUGUACGUGACAAGUCAUCACUUCGCCUUCUACUCUAACCUGUUCGGCCACGUGACCAGGAUUCUCAUCCCGUGCUCUCUGGUGCUGGAUAUCACCAAGGAGAGGACGGCGCGCAUCAUCCCGAACGCCGUGGCCAUCCUAAGCAGCGAGGGCCGCCACGUCUUCGGCAGUCUCCUGAGCAGAGACUCGGCAUUCGAGACGCUGGUGCGCGUCUGGAGAAAGGAGAUCGGUCAUGACGAGGCUGAUGCUUGUGGAAACGACAAGGAGGACGGUCUGGACGACGACGUGCCGCUGCUGCCCUCUGUCGGCGUCGACGUAUCGGACUCGACGGCCACGGAGGAGAACGAUUCGGCACUGGACUUCACGGCCUCGCCGGCGGCGACGAUCGAGCUGACACCUGGCGGCGCCAGCGUCAGGCUCGAGUCUGUGCCCGUCCGCUCCGUGGCGCCACCGGCCCCGUCCCCCUCCGCAGUCUCCCUGUCGUCGCUGCUAGGCGGAGGUCUCUCCAGUCUGUUUGCCUGGCUCUCUGGGAACAGCACCGCGCACCGCUCCACACUUCUACUUCUGUUCUGCAACCUGCUGUUGCUGCUCAUUUUCUGCUCGUCGUACGCAUCGCUCUCCAGAAUGGAGGAGAUCCAGCGGCGCAUCGAGAGCCCCUACCAGAGGGUGGAGACCCAGGAGAGCUUAGAGGAGGCGGAGCGGACGCUGAACCUGCAUCUACAGCAGCUGGCUAUGGUGCGGAAAUCUCUGGAGUCUCUGAGCAGUCUGACAAUGAGUGGCCACCCCGGCGGGGACUCCACCUAGCGGUGACCUCUGGAGGUCACUGGCUGGUCCCGGGACCCACCGCGGAGCCCGGAGGUCGCCCACGGUGGCGCCCUCUCUGCUAUCAGCUCAUGUGGCGCUACCUCUGCCUGUGGCGCCCCGUGCUGACAGGCUGAGCGCUGAGGAGCGGAGGCAAUCGCCGCUGCGGGUCGCGGAGAGACGCUGGACGUCUUCUCUCGACGGGCCGCAGCUGGGUGACGAUGUGAAUUCAGUGGUGCCACAUGGCCCGGACUCUCCCAAUGUCGAGCAGCCAUUUGUUGUAUCUGCCGCUCGGUUUGCUCGACCCGAUGGGCGCCAACAUAAUAGCUUUAACGGCGUUCUGUCGCGGUCCCCUGAAGGCGGCGGCCGUAUCCUGGAGCUCAGUUUCGUAACACGACCAUAGAUGUCGUGUGCGAUGCUUGCCAAAGCGCCCUAUUGUGGUCUGCUAGUUGACUACUCCCCGUGCAAUACCUAUCCGGCACGGUUAUUUGCUGAGGAGUUGUGGAUGCCAUUGGAAGAGUAUUUUCUGGGGCAGAGACCAUUGUUAUGUAUUAUUGAAGUUUACCUGAUGUUACUAAAAAGGUAAUCGGAUGUGAUGCCGGCAGACCUCCUGCUGAGAGGCUAUGUAGGGACUGGACGAGGAGCUUCGCAUGAGAGCUGAACCAGUGGGGCAAUAUAUAGGCAUUAUGCUAUUAUCCAGCAACCAUUGACCAAAAAGCCUACUUAAACAUUUAGUUGAGUGUGGUAUUCGUAAUUGAUUGUUACCUAUUGAGGUCGACUCAUCUUCCCGAAAAUCACCUUUGAAAUGGUAAUUCCUACCCGUUUGAAAUUCAUGUCGUUAACUCUCCUGCACGUCCCAUCAGGGUUUAUCAAUGCUGUCUACAGGUUUGCUGUCGUCGGUCGUUCGACAAAGGCACCAUUUGCUUAGAGUGUUUCGCAGGGUGCCACCAUAGCUCCUCUGUUGUUUGCUGAUCACCGCCCGUGAGGUAGCUAUGACCACGGACGAUGUUUGAUCGCCAUUAAAAGGAUCAGAACAUCUUGAUAGGGGCAAAGGUAGGAGACCCAAUCACCUGAGGUACAGUGGUCAUACUUAGGUGCCCCAUGUACAGGGACAUUGACUUAGUGAAGUGGAGUAAAGAUAAUCGUGUCACUUUCGUCUGACAGAAACACUGACAGGGAGAUAAAUAGGCAAAAAAGGGACUAGAAAGUCAGAACCCGUUAAACCUUAUGAUGAUUUAUGAGCAGCAAACUUUUAUAUCUUGACUUUUUAUUGUUAAGAGAAUCCGGUUUCACGCAGUUAAUUUCGUAUUAAUGUGAUGCUAAUCGGAAUAAUUCUUAACUGGUGUUGCGAAUGCAGAUAGGGGCACUCUUAACGACUUUUGAUAUUGUUAACGACAUAUUUCCUAAUUUGUAGAAGUCGCCUUCCUGGAGGUUAUGGUGCGUCAUAUUGUGAUUUUCGUCUUUAUGAUUCAGGCGCUUUAUGUCAAAGCUGCAAAUAUUAUUUGGUUUAUCAUGGUGUGAUGAAAGAGCUUGAUGUAAGAAAGACUGGUGGGAAGUGUUGGGAUUUUGGCAAUGUUCCACUUUUCGUUUUCAGUAGUGUCGUGGUUAUGUGAAGACCUGUGUUUCAUCGGGACUUUCUGAAAUUCUGAACACCGGAAUAACAUUGUUUUUAUUUCUGGGAGAUCUCAUUUGGUUCAAAGAAGUGGUUAGAAUAUGUGUAGGCGCAUUUCGUGCUGGAUGGACCCGGCUUGUACUUAUUUUCAGAACAUCGUGUCACACUUGUAGUCACAUUGUAUGCUUUGGAAUGUCGUAAAAAUAUUUCCAAUUCGUCCCAAACCCUCAGCUAUUUGUACCCAGACAGCUAUGGACCAGGGAUCCUCUGGUCUACACUUUGUGACAAGGCAUCGCACGAUGUUGUGACACACGCCGUCAUGUGGUGUUCGAGCUGCCUGUAUUCGCCCGGUAUGUGUUGGUAUGUAUGUUGUGAGCCUCACCGUGGAAGAAGAAAUCGUUUUGUUGCGCUGCGCUGCCGCUCUAGGCGGCCAUUGUGAGGUCGUUAUUGACUGUGAUACAUACACCCAAUCAAUACAUUCACCGGUCUCGCGUA